AUGUCAUCGCGCGGGACCCCACGGUUGCCGCCCACGGGCGGCUCAUCGUCGUCUUUGCUCGCCGACGCCGCGCGAAGGCUCGAAGAAUCGACGGGCUCGCGAUCUAACGACGAUGCGGAAUCGCUGGGCCUGCCGCCCCCGGGGUCGUUCAUCGCGCUCGCGGAGGUGGCGACGGAUCGGGCUUACGUGAUCGUGGAGGGCGAGGACGGCUCCUUGAACCUCGAGCUCAGCGACAGGACCGCGCAAUCGUUCCUCGCGGGCCCGUCGCACUCGCACGCCGAGGACGUCGUGGUGUCGCUGCGGAGGAUCGGCCGGAACGUCGGAUUCUUCCACCCGCGCUCGGGGCGGUUCCUGCAGGCCAGGGGGAAGGGCCUGAAGAAGCUCGGGUUCUACGCGUACAACUUCGGCGUGAGCGAGCAGUUCGAGGUGCUGGAGCGGACCAUGGGCCCCAUGCAGCAGAUGUUUCCCAACGCGCUGGGGUCGUGGUUCGUGGAGAGCCGAAGGCACCCGGCGCAGAAGUACAACUUCAGGUUCUACUCCGUGCGGUUCGAGACCCCGGCGCCGUCGCCCACCAAGUCCGGCCUGCUGUCGUUGCCGUCUCUCUCGAGGGGCGGGUCGAGGGCGCCGUCCGCCGCGCCGACGCCGCCCGCCACCCGACCGGAGACGUGGCGGCGGCUCACGGGCGCCGCCCGCAAUCUCGCGGAUGGCGCCCGCUCUCUCGCGUCCACCGCGCCGAACACUCCGAGCGUGCUGGCCGCCUCGGUGAUGGGAACGCCCAUGGUGGACGACCCGACGGCGGUCACGAACAACGACGCCAUGGACCUCGGCAUCAAGGUGCUGCAGAGGUUCGUGAAGCAGAGCAAAUCGGUGCCCCAGAAGGCGGGCCUGAGGAAAUCCUUCGCCGGGUGGAGGAACUACACCGCGCGGAUAAAGAAGAACACCCUGUACGCCAUGAAGAUCGCCAGCCUGAUGCGCCGCUCGAUUCAGAGGAGGUACAUGUACAGGAUGAAAAAGUACGCGAUGGAGCAGGCUUACGACGGGUUGGUCAUCUCGCAGUUUGUUCGCACCAGGCGGACGCGGCUGACGCGGCUGACGUUCGGAUGCUGGCUCGCCGAGUACCACUCACUGCUGGGGGUGCGAAGGGCGGUGACGCGCAGCGCGCAGCGAAUGUUGAGACGACACCUGGCGGGAGCCUUCUACGACUGGGCGGACUUUGUCGCCCGGAAGAUGGAGAACAUCCGAACGGCGGUGACGGCGGAGGAGGAGCGCGAGGCGAGAAAAGCGAGCCUCGAGCGCAUGAUGAACAACAAACGCAAGCGAUUGGAGUUCCACUGGAACGAGCGAAGGACGAGGCUCGCCUGGGGCGCGUGGGGGCGGUGGCUCGAGGAUGAGAAGCGGGUGGCGAGGUUGCUCGCGCGCGCAGUCGGUCGACUCUCCUCUCGUCUGGCGGCGGCGGCGCUCGAGAGGUGGGCGUCCGUGGCGGACAAGCGCCGACGCGACCGACUCGUCGUGACCCGCGUGCUCGCCAAGCUGUCGCGCAGGGCCCUCGCCGACGCGUUCUACGAGUGGCUGGACGGGUUGAAUGCUAGGAAGGACUGGGAGCGCAGGGCGAGGUCGGUGGAGAGGUACAUCAGGGCGAUUCGCCAGCGGAUUCUUCACGUCGCGUUCAACCGUUGGAGGGACAAGGCGAAGGAGUACGUCGAGGCGGAGACCAAGGUGCGCCGCGCGCUGCAGCGGUACUUCCGGCGCGAGGUGUCCAACGCGUUUUACCACUGGGAGUCGCUGGCGUCCACUCGCAGAGCGCGGGAGGAAAAAGAGGCUCGCGACGCGAGGCUGUGGGAGAGUAAGGUUCGUCGCGCGGAGAGGUUCCUGCUCGCCAUGACGCAGAAGGUUUUCUUCCGAGCGUUCAUGCGGUGGCGGGCGAUGCGUAUGGAGAGCGUCAGGCUGAAGAGCUUGCUGCGGAGUGCGACGUCCAGGAUGCGCAAGCGCGCCGUGGUUGCCUGCUUCGAGAAGUGGAGCGACGUCGCCGUCGAGAUGCGGCGUCAGAGGGCGAUCGUGUCUCGGGCGCUCGCCAAGCUCUCUCGUCGUAACAAGCAGGCGGCCUUCUACGCGUGGAUUGACUUCACCAACGAGGAGGACGAGCGCCGGCGCACGGAGAAGGGCGAGUGGCUGUCUGGUGUGAAGAAAGCCGAGCGGUUCCUGUUUGCGAUGCAGCGCAGGGACCAACGGCGAUACUUCACGGUGUGGCUCAGAAGGACCAAGGACCUCAGGUAUCAGCGUCGAAUGCUCGCCAACGCGGUGGCUCGGAUGACCAGGCAAAGGCUGGUCUCGGCGUUCAACCGAUGGCUGGAGGCUGCAGUUGAGCUUCGAAGGCUGCGCGUCAUUGGCAUGAGAGCCAUCACGCGCAUCUCACAGCGUGUCCUCGCAGAGGUGUUCUUUGAUUGGCUCGACAAGGUUCGCUCCAAAUCUAGCUGGGAGUCCAAGGUGCAGCUCGCUCGCAAGUUCGCCAUGGGUGUGCACUCCAGAGUGCUCUUCGCCUCGUUCUCCCGAUGGAGGGAGAUGGCGCGAUGGGUCCGGGAGAGUGAGGUCAAGGUGGCGCGGAGCAUCCUCCGCCUCCAAAACAGCACACUCGCCAACUACUUCUUCGACUGGAACGAGAUGCUCAACGCCAAAAAGGCAGCCAUCGAGCGCGAGGAGCGGGAGCACAAAGUCUGGGAGCAGAAGGUGCGACGCGCGGAGCGGUUCCUGCUCGCGUUGUGCAACAAGCUCCUGACUGCAACAUUCACCACAUGGUACUACAACGUCAUCACGCUCAGGCGCCAGCGGCGUCGCCUCAACGCCACGCUCAUGAAGAUGACCCACCGCAUCUUAGAUGCCGCAUUCCAGGGUUGGUUUAUAUCGGCGGAUCGAGCCAAGCAUCAGCGCAAGGUUGCCAACUUCGUCAUUCACAAGUUCCAGGAUAACAUCAAGACCUCAGCGUUUUUCAAGUGGCGCGACGCGGCGACUGAGAGGAAGGAGAGCGAGGCUAAAGCCCGAGCGCUAUGGGAGCGCAAUGUCGUGAAAGGGAAACGAUUUCUUUUGGCGAUGCAGCGCCGUUCGCUGCACCAGGCGUUCUACCAGUGGGCAUCCACGUGGCAGCGUAUGGCCGCAGAGCGCAACAUUCUCCGUGUGUCCGUCAGCCGAAUUUCCCAGCUAAGGCAGUAUUCAGCGUUCACUGGGUGGCGACUAACCGUGGUAGAGUUGAAGCGGCAAAAGGUCAUCGUGCGUCGCGCGCUGUUGAGAGUAAUGCAGCGAGCCGCCGCGCGGGCGUUCUUCCACUGGAGCGGCAUGGUCAGGGACAAGCGCAUUUGGGAGAAGAAGCUUGAGCGAUCCGAGCGGUUCCUCGCCUCGCUGGUGAAUCGCACCCUGCACAGAUCCUACUACCGGUGGAAGGAUGCCACGCGGCAGCUGCGCGAGAUGGAGGUCAAGGUGAGGCGACAGCUGGUCCGAUGGACGGGAAAGACCCUCGCCUCGAGGUUCAUGGACUGGCAAGACGCGGUGACUCGCUCGAGGGAGGAGGCUGAGGAAGCUGAGCGGGCGCGACGCGAAUGGGAGAGAAAGGUGGCGCGCUCUGAGCGUUUUCUGAUGGCGAUCCAGAACAAGACGAUCAACGCCGCGUUCGUGCAGUGGAGCGUCAACUGGAGGAUGGCAAAGGUUGACCGGCACAGGAUACGAACCAGCAUAGCGCGGAUGCAGAAGCGGUGGACGUUCAAGUCAUUCAACGCGUGGACCUCCGCGGUGGAGCGAGCCAGGCGUCAGCGAGCCCUGGUCCGGUUCUGCCUGGCGCGCAUGUUAGAGCGAAGGAAAUCGUCCGCGUUCUACGAAUGGGCGGAUAAAGUGGAGGCAAAGAGGUUGCAUAAGAUGGAACAGGCUGGCGACUGGCGCUCGGGGGUGCAGAAGGCUGAGCGGUUCAUCCUGGUCUGGCUCAGGAGGUCAAUCGGCCACGCUUUCAUCCGCUGGCGCAACAACGCCCGCGACCUCAUCAUUCAGCGGCGUAAGGUGCAAGUGUGCCUGGCACGGAUGUCGCGUCGCAGAUGUUUCUCGGCGUUCAACACGUGGCAUGCGAACGCGCGUGAGCUCGGCAUUCAACGGCGUAAGGUGCAAACGAUUGUUGCGCGGAUGUCGCAGCGUAGGGUGCUCCUGGCUUUCAACUCGUGGGUGUCAGUCGCGGCCGAUUUGCAACGGCAGCGCAAGGUGAUCAGCUACGUCCUCGCCAAGUUCAUGAGCAGGGCCAAGGAGGCUGCUUUUUACGACUGGCUUUGCGUCGUCGAGGACAGAAAGCAUGCGGAGAUGCAGGCGGACGAGAGCUUGAAGGUCAACCUCGAGCUCUCCCGCCGCGUCGCGCUGACCUGGACGAAGCGGAACAUCUCCUUUGCCUUCAUUCGGUGGAAGAACAACGCCAGGGCGUACAAGAUGCAGCGACGCAGGCUCGAAUCCGCGCUCGUGCGCAUGACCAGUCGCGUGUCAUUCGCCGCGUUCAGCGGGUGGUUGCACGUCGUCGAACGCAACAAGCGCCGGCGCACCAUCCUGCGACGCGCGGCGAUGCGAAUGUCCAAGCGAUUGCUCUCCAAAGCGUUUUCUGACUGGCGCGCCAAGGUUGACGAGAAGCGGUACUGGGACGCGAUGGCCGGUAAGAUCGAGCGUUGCGCGCUGGCAAUCGCGAACCGCAGCCUGAAGCGCGCGCUGGGACGAUGGGUCGAGCAGUGGAAGACCGCUCGCAUGCACCGGCGCAGGCUGGCCACGGCGCUCACGCGAAUGACGCAGCGGUCCAUGUUCAGGUGCUUCUCCCAGUGGGUGGACGAGACAGCCUAUCGUCACCGGGUGCGCGUGGCGCUCUCGCGCGCGAUCAUGAGGCUCUCGCGCCGCGUGCAGGCGUCGGUGUUCGAUCGGUGGAUGGAGCACACCAAAGAGAGCGCCGCGGCGAACCUGGAGCUGGCCGAGUGGGAGAGGAAAGUUCGCAAGGCUGAGAAAUUCGUCGCGAGCUUUGGCCGCAAAAUUCUCCGAGCAUCUUUCAGCCGAUGGGAAGCGAUGGCGCGCGAACGAUCUGCGAUGCGACGCAAGGCUCUCAACGCGAUCGCCAGGUUCGGCAAGAGACGAAUGGUUCUCGCUUUUGACAUGUGGGCCGAGCACGUCGCGACCCUGCGUAGGCAGCGCGCCCUCGCCCAACGCGUUGCCGCCAAGCUCACCCGCCGCGUCUUUGCCGAGGCUUUCCACGACUGGUGCUCGUUCACCGAGGCGAGGCGGGAGCACAAGCAACGCGAACAGAGGGAGUGGUUCUUCAAGCUGAGAAAAGCUGAACGGUUCGUGCUCGCGUGGCGCAAAAACUCGAUCAGCUUCUCCUUCAUUCGAUGGAGGAACCAGACGAUCAGAUCCAGGGCGCACCGGGCCAAACUUCGCGUCGCCGUCAACAGGAUGUCGCAGCGGAGGAUCUUCGCGGCGUUCAACGGAUGGCAGGCGCAGGCGAAGGAGCUGAAACGUCAGAGGGUGAUCGUCACCAGGGCCAUCAUGCGCAUGUCCAGGCGGCGGCUGGCUGGCGCGUUUUAUGACUGGCAGCGCAAGGUGUCCGCCUCGGCGGACUUUGCAGAGAAGGUGGCUGUUUCUGAGCGGUUCCUAGCCGGAAUCCGGUCGCAGAUGCUUUUCCGAAUAUUCUACGGCUGGAGGGACACCGUCCGUUCCCUGAUUGAGCAGGAGGUGAAGGUGCGGAGGAGCAUCCUCCGCCUCCAAAAUAACACGCUCGGGCAUUUCUUCUUCGACUGGCACGAAAAGCUCCUCGCCAAGAGGGCGCACACGGAGCAGGAGGAGCGGAAGAGGAGGGUCUGGGAACACAAGCUGCAACGCGCCGAGAGGUUCAUCCUGGCUUGGCAGAACCGGACCGUGGCCGAUGCCUUCUCGCAGUGGCGAUCUAACUGGCUCGAUAUUCGAUUGGAGCGCAACCGGGUCAAGAUUGUGGUCGCGAGGAUGACCAAGCGUCUGCUAUUCGCGGCGUGGGGAGCCUGGCUGGGUACGUUUGUUGACCUGCAGCGGCAGCGCAAGGUUGUGCGGCUGGUGCUGGUUCGGAUCAUGGACCGCCUCAAGGCGUCCUCGUUCUACGACUGGCACGAUAAGGUCCAGGCCAAGAAGGAGCACGUGCUCAAGGAGAAGGAGGAAUGGCAGGUGAACAUCGUCAAGACGCAGCGGUUCGUGUUGGCGUGGCAGAACCUGCGAAUGAAUGCGGCGUUCCAGUGCUGGGCGAGUAACUGGCGCGAGAUGAAGCGGCAGCGCAAAAUUUUGGAAAACUGCGUAAAGCGGAUGACCCACCGGCUCUUGUUUGCAGCUUUCUCCGAGUGGUACGAGCACGCGAACGAGCUGAAGCGCGACCGAAACAUUCUGCGCCGCGCGGCCAUGCGCAUGUCCAGGCGGCAGCUUGCCUCUGCAUUUUUUGACUGGCACGCAUACAUUCGCGAGAGCAAGGAGUGGGCGCAGAGGAUUCUCAUCUCUGAACGAUUCCUGGCUGCGAUUCACUCCGGUGUCAAGUACCGCGCGUUCUUCCGAUGGUCCGACGCGGUGCGCGAGGUGAAGCAGAUGAGGGUCAGGGUCACGCGCGUGCUGAACCGCAUGCUCGGCAGGACACUGGCGAACGCCUUCUACGACUGGAACCAGUGGGUGGUUGACGAGCGCCGCUGGAAAACCUCGCUGGCGCGGUCCGAGAGGUUCGCCCUCGCGCUUCGCAACCGCACGAUGUUCGCCGCCUUUGCGCGGUGGAAGGAGGCGGCGGUGGAGCUCGCCACGCUGCGCCGCAAGCUUGUCAAGUGCCUUGGGCGCUUCCGUCACCGCGCAGCCUCGUCCGCGUUUCAGGGCUGGAGGGAUAAAGCCGCAGAGCUCAGGUUUCAGAGAAUCUCUCUCACCCGAUGCGCCGCAAGGUGGAAUAAUAACAGGCUCCGCGCAGCUUUCGACGGCUGGCACGAAUCGUACGCCGAGACGGUACGCAUGCGCGGCGUGUGUGUCCGCUACAUCGCGGCCAUGGGCUCUAGGCAGCUCAGGCGAAGCUUCAACUCGUGGGCGAGGUUCGUGGAGGGCACGGUUGUCGAGAAGGACGUCAUGCUCAAAAGUCUGGUGAAGAUGACCCGAAACGGCGUAUCCAAGGCGUUCACCUCUUGGGCGUCGCACACGGCCGUCAAGCUCCACAACUUCGAGUCGGGUUGCAGGAUGAUGCGAAGCAACACUCGCAGGCGCGUGUUCAAGGCGUGGAGGAAGCGAAGGCUGACCACCAACACGGCGGUGAAGACCGCCGCGGCGAGGUUCAGGCUGCAGUCCUUACGAGUGAUUCGCGACGCGUUUAGGUCGUGGGAGAUCGGCAUCGGGGACUUCCGCCAGCGCAGGCUCGCGGGUACUAAGAUAUUGUCCAACUUGGCCCAGCGCGGCAGCACGUGGGGCUUUACCCACUGGAGAUACCUCGUGCGAUCCGCUCGCAAGCGCAGGGUGGCGACUUCGAGGUUCCUGAUCAAGAUGGAGCGAUCACGCAAGCGAUCCUGGUUCGCACAGUGGCGCGAAAACGUGGCUGAGACCCGGAGGCUUCGUGCGCUGUCCACGCGCGCGGCGAACCGUAUGAUAAGGAGGCUGACCUUCAAAGCCUUCGAACGAUGGGUCGAAGCGGCGGGUGACCUCCAGAGGCUCAGGGCCGUCUCCAAGCGCGCGGCGGUCAAGCUUCAUAAACGUCAGCUCUCGCGUGCCUUCGACGGCUGGAUCGACGCCGUGGCUGAGAUGCAGCGUCGCGAGCUCGUGGUGCGACGGGCGAUCCACUCGAUUAUGAACCGUAUCCGCAGGUCCGCAUUCGACGGAUGGCUCGAAUCAGUCGCCGUCGUGAAGCGAAUCAGGGCCCUGUCAAACCGCGCGGCUAACAGAUUCACGCAUCGGUCGUUGAGCGUCGCCUUCGACGCGUGGAUCGACAAGUCCCUGGAUCUGAAGAGGCUCCGCGGCGUGUCAUCGCGCGCCGUCGCCAGGCUGGAACGCAUGCACCUGUCGCGCGCCUACAACUCCUGGGUCGACACCGCCUCGGAGCGGCUCCGCCACCGCGUGAUCAUGACGAAGAUGGCGCUGCGGAUGUCGCACCACAAGCAGAACCAAGCGUUCCUCCGGUGGUGCGAUCAGACGGCCACGCUGAGGCGGCACAGAAACCUCCUGGGCUCGAUGCUCGUGAGGAUGGAACGCCGCGUCCAGGCUGCCGCUUUCGAUGGAUGGCGGGACCGCGCCGAUUCGAUGCGCGUGCAGCGUCAACUCCUCCGCCGCUGCGUGGACAGACUCUCCAAGCGCAGGCUCGUCCUCGGAUGGGAGCGCUGGAUGGAGCUGAUCGACGAGGCGCGGGAGGCGGCGCGCGACGCCAAGGAGCUCGACCUGAUCGCCGCCGUCGAGGAUGCCGAGCGACGCAACAAGAUGUCCGAGGCUGAGGCGAGGGAGGCGGUGGAGGCCAGACUGAGGGUCCUGGAUGACAUGACCCAGGAAAAGUGCCGAAGGUUCCUCAACGCGGCGGGACACAGGACGCAGCACCGCUCGUGGCGAAGGUGGCGGUUCGCCAUCGUGGAGCGGGAGAGGUUCGAGGCUGUUGCGCGCAGGUGCCUCGCCAGGCUGUCUGCCAGGCGCAACCGCGUGUGCUUCUACGCAUGGCUGGACGCCGCGCACAGAAACGCCGUCAAGGUCAACUUUGAACAGAGCGGCGCCGCGCGCAUGAUCAAACGGUGGAUGAGGCGAUCUCUGGACAUGGCGUUCCAGGGCUGGUCGGACACCACCGCGCGACGCAGGAAGAUGCGCAAGUCCCUGACGCACUGCGUGAACAGGCUUAACCGCCGAAGCCUCACCGUUUCGUUCGAUACGUGGUCGGAGCGCGUCGCCGACGCCAGGCGGUGGCGCAAGACGGUGAACGACGCCAAGAAAUUUUUGGUCGGGGUUUUCUUCCGCAGGACCUUCGCCGCGUUCCGGGGCUGGAAGGAGCACGCGACGGUGCGCAGGAUCAGCCUGGAGCGGGCCAGACGAGCGCUCGGUCACCUCACGGUGGACGAGCGCGUUCGCGGCGCGUGGCACGCGUGGGUAGACGCCUGGGAGGCAUCCAAGCCGGACCCGACGCUGCCGCGCAUGAUGACCGUGGCGCGGCGCAUGCACGCCAAGCUCGUUCGGAAGGAUCUGUACGCGGCGUUCGAUCGAUGGGACGAACACACCCGGGAGAAGAAGAAACUCCGGGCGGUGGCUCUCAAGGUGACCAGGAGAAUGGCGGCGAGGUAUCUCGCCGGUGCGUUCGGCACGUGGCUGCACUGGUACGACGCCGCCGUGGCGUGGCGCGAGGGUAUCGAGCGUCGCGAGAGGGUCCUCCUGGUCAUGCGCAACAGGCGCCUCGCCGCGCCGUUCCGCGCGUGGGUCGCCAACGCCGACAAGCUCAAGUGGGCCAGGGCCACGCUGGCGCGCGUCGCCGGAAGAAUCCAGCGCAGGCAUCUGGCCAGGGCGUUUGACGCCUGGACGGCCGCCAUUGCCGAGGGUCGCACGUUCAGAUCGUCCGUCAGCAAGGCGCACAGGCUGAUCCGCCUCAUCAUGACCCGACACGCCCGCGCCGCGUUUUACCGGUGGGAGGAGCUCGCGGCCACGCGCCGGGAGAAGGAGAAGAAGGUGCGUCGAUGCGUCCAGAGGAUGCUCAGGAGGCACGUCUCGUCCGCUUUCUUCCACUGGGAGGCGCUCGCGGUCGAGAGUAGGGAGAAGGGUGAGAACGAGGAGCGUGAGACGCGGAAGUGGGAAGGGCAAGUUCGUCGAGCGGAGAGGUUCCUUCGCUCCGUGCUUUUCCAAAAUCUCUUCCGAGGCUUCACGCGAUGGCGAGCCGCGGCUGCGGAGAGCGCCGGGCGGAGGCGUAAACUCUCGAGCGCCGUCGCCAGGAUGCGCAAGCGCGCCGUGGUUGCCUGCUUCGAGAAGUGGAGCGACGUCGCCGUCGAGAUGCGGCGUCAGAGGGCGAUCGUGUCUCGGGCGCUCGCCAAGCUCUCUCGUCGUAACAAGCAGGCGGCCUUCUACGCGUGGAUUGACUUCACCAACGAGGAGGACGAGCGCCGGCGCACGGAGAAGGGCGAGUGGCUGUCUGGUGUGAAGAAAGCCGAGCGGUUCCUGUUUGCGAUGCAGCGCAGGGACCAACGGCGAUACUUCACGGUGUGGCUCAGAAGGACCAAGGACCUCAGGUAUCAGCGGCGAAUGCUCGCCAACGCGGUGGCUCGGAUGACCAGGCAAAGGCUGGUCUCGGCGUUUGACCGAUGGGAUGAGUACGUCGCCGACAUCCGAAGGCUGCGCGUCAUCGCUACGCGAGUGGCGGCGCGCAUCUCGCAGCGCCAAAUCGCCGUCGCCUUCUUUGAUUGGCUCGACAGGGUUCGCUCCAAAUCUAGCUGGGAGUCCAAGGUGCAGCUCGCUCGCAAGUUCGCCAUGGGUGUGCACUCCAGAGUGCUCUUCGCCUCGUUCUCCCGAUGGAGGGAGAUGGCGCGAUGGGUCCGGGAGAGUGAGGUCAAGGUGGCGCGGAGCAUCCUCCGCCUCCAAAACAACACACUCGCCAACUACUUCUUCGACUGGAACGAGAUGCUCAACGCCAAAAAGGCAGCCAUCGAGCGCGAGGAGCGGGAUCGCAAAGUCUGGGAGCGAAAGGUGCGACGCGCGGAGCGGUUCCUGCUCGCGCUUCGCAACAAGCUCCUGACCGCCGCGUUUGAAGGGUGGCGCGACCGCGUCGUCGAGCUCGCGCGCCAGCGACGUCGCGUCAACGCCGCGCUCACGAAGAUGACCCACCGCGUCCUCGCCGCCGCGUUCGACGGUUGGGCCGAGUCCGUCGCCCGGGCGGCGCGUCACCGCCGCCUCGCCGCCCGCGCCGUCCGCAAGAUGACCCGCAGGAGGGCGUCUAGGGCGUUCGGUCGAUGGUCGCACGCCGCCGGCGAGGCGCAAAGGAAAGCCGCGGCGACGGAGCGCCACGCGAGUCGGCUGUGGAGGCGAAAGACGCUCGCCGCGUUCAACGGGUGGAGGGAUUCCGCGGUCACACGACGCCGCAACCGCGCCGUCGCCAUGCGCGUCGUCGGAGCCGUCGCGCACCAGACGGCGUACCGCGCGUUCAGAUCGUGGGCCCACGGCGUCGCCGAGUCGAUUCGCAAAAAGAUUGCGGUGACGCGGGCGCUGGCGAGGAUGCGCCGCCGGGCGCUGGUGGACUGCUUCUACGCCUGGCUCAACUCCGCGGAGGACGCGAGGGCCGCGUGGUCCCGCGCCGCCCGCGCCGAGGGUUUGGCGCGGCGCGGGGAGAGGCGGCUUCGCGCGGCGUGUCAUCGCGCGUGGGCGGAGCUCGCGGCGAACGCCGGACGCCGACGGGACGCCGAGGACGACGCGGUGGAACGCGCGACGCUCGCGGUCCUCGACGCGCACGUCAGGGUUCGACGCACGCGGCUCGUCGCGGGUGUUUUUGGAGCCUGGCGCGGCACGCGGCUGGGCGUGGACCUCGCCAAACUCCGCGGGGGCGUGGACGCGGCGCGAACGGCGAUUGAGAGGGAACGCGAGCAGGCCAUCGCGUUUUUGUUCGUGCGUCGCGUGAUGAAGAAACGGAUCAACGUGCUGCACGCGUGGCGGCGGUACGUCGUGGACGCGCGACGCCGCGAGCGCGUCCUCGGGGAUAACAUGCGACGCGUGCUCAGGGAGCGCAAGUGUCGGCUGGCGGUGCGAGCAUGGGCGGAUGCCGCGUGGGAGCGGGUGCAGCGCCACCGCAAGUCUCACGCGGCUCGUCGACACUUCGGCUCGAGGCGGCUGGAGCGGUGCGUCGCCGAGUGGCGCGCGCAGUGCCCCACGCGGAAGCGGUGGCUCAAGGAGCGCGCCCAGAAGCUCGCGGCGGCGCAGAGGAGCGGCGCCGCGCCGGUCGCCGUGGGCAGCUCGGUGAGCCAGAUUGCGUUUGACGGCUGGUCCGCGUCGGCGAUGGUGCGAACCGCGGUGUACAGGGACGGUCAGGAGGUGGACAAAAAAGAGGUGGACAAAAAAGAGGUGGACGAACCGGGGACCGCCCAGCAGCCGGUCGGCGACGAGGGAACGCGCGCGGAGGCUGGAACGCACGAGACGAUCGCGUCCGCCGCGGCGAUGGCGGCGCUGCGCGCUUCUUUCGAGGAGUUCAACCCGGGCGACGUCGACGACGACGACGCGUCAGACAAAGGAACGGGUCCCAUCGCGAGAUUGUCGGGCGUCCCAACCGUCCCGGCCGUCCCGACCGUCCCGAGUCCCGCCGUCGGUUCCCGCGCGGCGGUGGCGGCGGCGUCCACCCCGUCGCCGCCAUCCCCGCUCCACCUGGACUGGAACUUCGACGCGCCCUUCGCCGAGAACGUGGCGGCGUCGAGCCCGGCGACGCGCUCGCCGCUCGACGCAUCCGCCGCGUCGGUCCUGACCGGAUUCGAUCACCGGGCGUCGUCCGCGGCGUCGGCGUCGUCCACGAGGCAACGACGGGCCGGGGAGGGACUUCACCGAGCGGGGCGGGACUCCACCGGCGCCGCGCGCGUCGUCGGCGGCUUGGAGUCGAGGUACAGGGAGGUGAUGGGGGAGAUUGCGACACUCGAGGGGAGCUUGCCGCCGCCGACGUCGCCGCCGCCGACGCGCGCGACGCUCCGGGGGUCCGACCGCGACGGGCUCGAGCGGCUGGCGGGGGCGGAGUCGAGGGCGACGUCCGCGUUACACGCGGCGAGGGACGAUCAGGCAGAGUUGAGACGCGUAUUCUCUCGCUCGACGUCGCCCUACGAACCGAGCGACGAGUGA